AUGAUUGCUGCUGGUGUCCGGCUGGCGCUCAAACACACGAUCACGUGUCACAGAGCUCCAGUGACGAGCAUGAUCUACGACGAGAGUGGCUCAGUGCUCUUCUCUGGCUCUGCUGAUGGAACCGUCUCGGUGCACGCAGUGGAUGCAAAUCCUAAUCAGGAGCCGAAGUUCCUGCACCGCCUCCACCGAAACCAGGCAAAGGGUAUCAAUGCCCUGGCAUGGUCGGCUAAUAGAGUUUUGGCAGCUGGCGACGAUUGCGCUGUUCUAUGGGACAUAAACGUCCAAAAGCCGAUGCUCACGCUUACUGACCAUACGCUUCCUGUCACCGACUGUGACAUCUACGAAAACUUUGCGCUAACAUCAUCUGCUGACCAGACCAUCAGCCUUGUGGACAUGCGCCAAGGGAAGCCCAUUUCGACCAUGCGAGCCCACACCGGCGCUGUUCUUUCGUGUCGUUUACUCACAAAACUGGAGAUCUUAGGUCAGGGAGGCGUUGCGGCCCUUAGCGGUGGUGUAGAUGGAAUGCUCAAACUUUGGAACGCUGUUCAGGGUAAUACACUAGUAACAAUCAAGCCGGCCAAACCAAUCUCUAGCAUAAAAGUUUCGCCCAACGAAAAAUAUGCUUUGUGCAUGCACGUAGGAGCGGGCGUCGUGCUCCAUACUCUUCCCACUGACACACAAGGUCUCGAGCUGCGCAAGGUGAAAGAGUACUCUGUUCAUGACAGUACGGACUAUCUCUUGCCAGCAAACUACAUGUGGCUGAAGGACAACAAAACACAGAUGGUCGUUUGCGGAAGCAGCAAAAAUCAAAUUGUGAUCUAUGAUAUUAAGAGAUCGGAUCGGAUGCUAAUAGAGCCGAUUCCUUUAUCGAGCCCGCCCCUUGCAAUUGCCUCCUCGUCCAACAGCCAGCUUCUUGGGGUCGGGUGCAUGGACGCUAGGAUCCAGCUAUUUGAUAUAAUCACGGAAUGGCCCAGUGCUUAG